AUGCAGUUCACCACUAUGGUUGCUCUUCUCGUCGCCACCGUCGGCAUCCACGCUGCUCCUAACCAGAUGAGCAAGCGCCUCGAUACUAUCCCCCUCGGCAUAUAUACUGGUGGAGGCUGCAAUGACCCCCCCUUCCCCACAAAACCAGUCUUCGUUGCCAAUGUCCCCACCGAUGGCUCUUGCUUCCCUAUCGCCCCCGUUAGCGGAAACACUGACAGCGGCCGUAUUGACAACCUGCCCGCACUUCCUGCUGUCGUUGCGUGGUCCGACACCACCUGCUCUAGCGUGAACUUCAUCACGUUCACCAGGACUCACGAGUGCUCCACUUUGGGCGCGCCCAAAUUUAUUCGCUCAGCCAGAGCUGUGGGUACUUGCAAAUAG